GGCGGCGGGGCCGGGCAGUGGCGGAGCGCGGUGGAGUAGAGAACAUGUCUGGGAUCAAGAGAGUGAUCGCAGAGAAGGACCCUGACUAUGAGGAGAUCACUAUCACACAUCCCAGCAAGCGGCACAAAGCAGCCGAACAGUCAGCUCGAGAUGUUACCGUGCAGAAGAUUGAGACUAUUAUAAAAGAACAGUUUGCUGUCGAAAUGAAGAGUAAAGAACAUGAAAUCGAAGUUAUAGAUCAGCGCCUGAUCGAAGCAAGAAGGAUGAUGGACAAGCUGCGUGCCUGCAUUGUCGCCAACUAUUACGCAUCUGCCGGUCUCCUUAAAGCUGGAGAGGGCACCAGGUCAUGUGAUGCGACAAUUCUUAAUCACCCUUCAAUCAAGAAAUUCUUGGAAUCGCCUUCGAGAUCCUCAUCUCCAGCUAACCAGGGCUCAGACACUCCCUCUGCCAACCACUCUGAGAGCGACUCGCUCUCUCAGCACAAUGACUUUCUCCUGGACAAAGACAAUGGCAACUUGGACGCAGAGGAGCGGCUGGCAAACAGCCUGGACCAGAGACAGAGCAGAAAUGCUGGCCGGGACAGUUCGGGUGUUUCAAGCUCUCAAAAACCAGGACAACGAAAUGCCGGACUGUCAAAUGAUGAAACUUCACGACUUUAUGUGAAGAAAACGAUUGUGGUUGGCAACGUUUCCAAGUACAUUCCCCCUGACAAGAGAGAAGAAAAUGAUCAGUCAACCCAUAAAUGGAUGGUGUACGUCCGAGGCUCUCGGAGAGAACCCAGCAUAAAUCAUUUUGUCAAGAAAGUUUGGUUCUUCCUCCAUCCCAGUUACAAACCUAAUGACCUGGUAGAAGUGAGAGAACCUCCAUUUCACCUGACCAGGAGAGGCUGGGGAGAAUUUCCAGUGAGAGUACAGAUACACUUCAAGGAUAGCCAGAACAAGAGGAUUGAUAUCAUACACAAUUUGAAGCUGGACAGGACCUACACAGGCCUGCAGACACUUGGCGCAGAAACGGUAGUGGAUGUGGAGCUACACAGACAUUCCCUUGGUGAGGAGUAUCUCUUCUCCCAGUCUUCAGAAUCUGAACUUUCUGAUGUUCCUACAUCUUUAUCACUACCAUUGAGUAUUCCAGCACCAGUCAAAGCUUCCUCACCAAUUAAACAGCUGCGAGACUCCAGCCCAGAUGCUUCUGUGGAUAAAGGAUUCUCUGGGAAUGCUGAAACCGAAAGACAUGCCGCGUUUUAUUCCCUGCCAUCUUCGAUAGAACGGACUCCCACCAAGUUAGCCACACAGAAAGUUGCCUUUGGCUCUCAUGGAAAUUCAGCCUUUCAACCCAUUGCAGCUAGCUGUAAAAUAGUGCCUCAAGGUCAGAGUCCAAGCCCUGCAGAGUCACCAGGAAAAUCCUUCCAGCCUAUCACCAUGAGUUGCAAGAUUGUAUCAGGUUCUCCAAUAUCGACCCCUAGUCCAUCUCCGCUACCUCGUACCCCAACGUCCACUCCGGUGCACAUGAAGCAAGGCUCUGCUAGUUCAGUCAUUAAUAAUCCUUAUAUUAUUGUGGACAAGCCUGGACAGAUGGUUGGAGCAACAGCCACAAGCACAGGGAGCCCAACCAGCAAACUGAGCAGUGUCUGCCAGGCCUCUCACGGGACUGGAUCUCCUGUGUCAAAGACCCAUGGGAGCAGUUUUGUUACCUCAGCUGUCAAGCAGGAGGAUUCUCUUUUUGCCACGAUGCCACCUCUUUGUCCCAUUGGGAGUCAUUCCAAGGUGCAAAGCCCCAAAUCAGUCACUGGAGGACUUGGAGCUUUUACAAAGGUGAUAAUAAAGCAGGAGCCAGGAGAGCUGCCGCAGCAGCCGCAGGUCCCGGGGACGGGCGCGGCGCAGCCCUCGGUGCCGCAGUACGUCACAGUCAAGGGCAGCCACAUGCUGGCCCUGUCUCCACAGAAGCCAGUCGUGAGCACGGGUGAGGGGACAGUACAGUCUAAGGUGGUUGGUGUCCCGGUUGGUUCUGCGUUACAGUCGACGGUGAAACAAGCGGUGGCUAUAAGUGGUGGCCAGAUCCUUGUGGCAAAGUCUGGCUCUUCAGUAGCAAAGGCUGUUGGUUCGAAGCAGGUUGUGACUCAAGGUGUAGCCAAAGCCAUCGUGAGUGGAGGUGGAGGGACUAUUGUUGCUCAGCCUGUGCAGACUAUAACAAAGGCACAGGUUUCUUCCACAGGUGCUCAGAAAAGUACAUCUCAAGGCUCAGUGAUGGCUACACUGCAGUUACCAGCCACCAACCUGGCAAACUUGGCAAACUUACCACCAGGCACCAAGCUGUAUCUCACCACCAACAGCAAGAAUCCUUCUGGGAAAGGAAAACUGCUUCUGAUACCCCAAGGAGCCAUCCUGCGAGCCACAAAUAAUGCUAGUCUUCAGUCUGGAUCUUCUACAAGUAGUGGAGGAGGAGGAGGAGGAACCCAAAGCACAAGCAGUAACCUGUCACAGCACCUCACCUAUACAUCCUACAUCCUGAAGCAGACACCCCAGGGCACCUUUCUGGUUGGCCAGCCUUCGCCUCAGAGUUCUGGGAAGCAGCUCACUCCAGCAUCAGUUGUUCAGGGCAGUGUAGGAGUUGGAGCAUCUUCCACACAAGGACAAGCCCUAAAAGUGAUAACUGGACAGAAAACAGCUCUGUUUACACAGGCUUCAUCCAGUGGACAGACAUCACUGGUGAAAAUAUCAGAUGGGUCUAUAAAAUCAGUGCCUGCCUCAUCCCAGCUCUCCAAACCUGGCACCACUGUGCUGAGAGUAUCAGGAGGUGUUAUCACCACAACUGCUGCUCCUGCCGUGGCCCUUCCCACAAAUGGUGUCACCCAGCAAACAGAUAAUGCAGGUUCCAGUUCAUCAUCUCCUGGAACUCCUGCAACAAAGACAUCUGGACAGCAACACCAAAUCUGUGUAAGCCAGAGCCAGUCUACUUCAUCAGUAGUGAAUAAGACUUCGACUUCCACUGUUGUAAGUGUUGCUUCUUUGAUGACUACGGCAACGCCUGUGACUGGAAAAGCUACAGUAUCAGGGUUGCUAAAAAUCCACUCAAAUCAGUCUAGUCCACAGCAGGCUGUUCUGACAGUUCCCAGCCAGCUUAAACAGCUCGGUGUAAACACAGCUUCUGGAGGUGUUCAGACAAUACUCAUGCCUAUGAACAAAGUUUUACAGUCACUUUCUACCAGCAAAGUUUCAGCAGUUUCAGCUGUUACAGCAGCAAGUAUGACUACCCCUAGUCCCUCUACAGUAUCCAUCACCAAAGUUAAGAUGGAGCCUGAUUCAACUGGACAGAACUGCAGUUCUGUGGGUACCCAAGACAGCCAAGCAGCAGUGAAAACAGAAGAGAGCUCUGAACUUGGGAAUUACGUUAUCAACAUAGAAUAUUUGGAGAACGUCCAGCAGCUUUUAACAGCAAUAGUGAAGAAGGUCCCAUUAAUUGCUGAAAAAAGUGAGGACGUAAGCUCUUUUUGUGCCAGUUCAGUGGAACAGUAUUACAGCUGGAAUAUUGGGAAGAGGAGGGCAGCCGAGUGGCAGCGAGCAAUGACAGUGAGAAAGAUCCUACAGGAAAUUGUAGAGAGGCAUCCCAGGUUUCACAAUAUUACCCCUCUGAAAACAAAGCAUGUGGUGCACUGGUGUCGAUGCCAUGGCUACACUCCACCGGACCCUGAGACCCUGCGGAACGACGAGGACUCGAUUGAAGACGUGCUGACACAGAUAGACAGUGAGCCAGAAUGCCCUUCAUCUUACAGCAGUGGUGAGGAGCUGUGCCGAAAAGUAGAGGAACUACAGCAAUUUCUGAAACAAGAACCAGAACACGAAGAGGAAGUAGAUAUUCUCAACUUUAGCGAGCCAUUAAAAAUAAACAUUAAGAAAGAACAGGAGGAGAAACAAGAAGAGAUGAAGUUCUACAUGGCUUCCUUGCCUGCAUCAGAGUUCGUGAGGGACACUGCUGAGAAGAUAGGGAUUUCUUUUCAACCUGCUGAGGUACAAAAGAAUGUUUAUGCAUCAGUAAUAGAAGAUAUGAUUUUAAAGGCCACUGAACAGCUCAUGAGUGAUAUCCUGCGGCAGGCGCUGGCUGUGGCGUAUCAGACGGCUCCUCACAACAGGACUCCAAGAGAGAUCACAGUGAUGAAUAUUCACAAAGCCAUCUGUAAUAUUCCCUUUCUUGACUUCCUCACAAACAAACAUAUGAAGAUACUAAAUGAGGAACAAUGAAAUAGAGCAGAGAAGAUGCUACAGGAAAGGUGGAUUUAUGACUGAAGUUGGGUUGACAAAUCCAGUAUUUCUGUAGGACACUUAUAUACUUUUAUAACAUUGGGCUACUAGAUUGUUACCUCCAAUUAAAGAUGCACCUUAAUGCAACAAAAUGAUGCUCUGUUCCAAAUCAAGUUGUUAAAUGUCAGUGUUUACUUGGUAAGUGUGUGUUCAGUGGCUGAACAAACAUUGUCAGUUUGCAUUGAGUUGCUAGCUGUGAGAGACUCCACAGGCCUGGUUCCUCUGAGACAGCUCUAUUGAUGAGAUUGAACUGGGUUUUAAGAUAAAAAUUAUGCUUUUUGAUGCAGUCUACAUAUGAGUUGGUUUCUCCAUGCAGUGGGCAGGGCACUUGCUUUGGCACUUGAGUGUGAGAAAAGUCUAAGGCAGCUUUUAAAGGUGGGUCAUUUGAGUAGAUGGAUGGGGUAGGUUUGGAUGUUGGGGAGCAGAAAGCUGAUGGCUGCAAAAAUUCUGCCAGUCCUGCCCGAGCAUGAUGUGUGUGACUGAGAACACACCUGGGUAAGCUGAUCAGUAUCUUUCUCAGCUAAGUGUCACCUCACCAAAUUCCUUACCACUCUAGAGGAGGUAUCAGAUGCUGCUUUUCUUAGUCACCUCAGAAAGGGUAGACUGGCACAUUUUCAGUCAAGAUGAGCAAACCACGGUCAGGCCUGGGAAGAUUUGACUGACCACUUGUCCUGCAUGGGAAGGGAAGGAGCAAGGACAGCGUUCAGUGUUUGUGGGCUUGGACUGGCUGAAACACUUUGCUUGCCCAGCAAGUGCCUCCCCAGGCUGUCAGAAGGUUUGGAGUGUGCUGGAGGGCAGGUGACCAGCUGUGUUGUACAAGUUUUAAUGUUUUGGCAGUGUUCAUUAAUGAUCAGCUUAGACUGAAGUGCUGUGGGAGCAGCACUGCUUUGGAUUAAGUUCUGCUCUACACAGCCUGAUUAGGAUGAAAAAGUCAGGGAUUUGCUGCUUGUGGGGAGAUCCUCUGAUGUCUUGACUGCAGGAAGAAAUUCUGCUACUAACCCCAGCACUUACCUGUCUCAGGAACAUCACUGGUGAGGGAGACAUGUCUGCAGCCUGGCUACCAACACCUCGCUGGAGAAGGCUUCGCUGACAACAUCCUGACCACCUCACAUCCACCACCCCUUUGUCCUGCCUCAUGGGGGCUUGCUGGUAGUGUGAAUAAGCCAUUGUGAAGCUGGUGGGACUCCUGUGGGACUGUCAUGCUUUCAGCGUGCUUGUUUUGUGUGGCAAUGCUGUCGUGUGGGUGGAGCAUGGGUCAAACAGCCAGAACCUCCAAUGUGCUGAUCUCAGCUGGGUCUCUGAUCUGCUGCAUGGCCUUUGAUUUAAUCACUCUGUGCCUCAGUUUCCCCAUCUCUGAGCAUGGGGAGCAGGAUACCUACCUCACAGGGGUGUACUGAGGCCUCGCUCUUGUUGGUGCCGUGCUUUGACAAUACAAAGCCUUUUAUAAACAUUAAGCUACAGUUGUCUUUCCUGGCCUGGGGUAGGAACAGAAAUCUUCAAAAUGUUAUCUUUUGGUGCUUUUUUUGGGUAGAAGACAGAUGAUGGUAACUCCAGUAGUGUGCACGAACUGUGAAAAAUGGUUCAGUUAAAGGGUGGCUUCAGGCUUUGAAGGAGAGUAGCACAGGUUUAAUGCAGUUGUUAAACUGAAGAAAGCACUGUGUACCUCAGAUGAGGUCCUGCCUGUCUUCUCC